AUGGACGCAAAGCCCCAGAGACCCCAACGCCCUUUGCGCGUCCAUGACGAGAACGCUCUUCCUUCGCACCCUGUCGCCGCCAAGGGAACCCACCAGCGCAACAAGUCAUCCACCACUCUUCCUACCCUGAUGCAGAACGGCGCUGUGCGCGUUGGCGCAAAGCGCGCUGUCUUUGCCGAUGUGAGCAACACCACCAGGACCGCUCUCGUGACAGACGACAAUGUCAAGGCACAUGACAACCCCAAGGCAGCCGCUGUCUACUUGGAGCCCCUCGUCCUUUCAAAGCCUUCUCAGAAGCCUCUCACUAUCAAGAAUAUCACUACCGCUGCUCCCACAACCGUCCUUCCUACUAUCCGCAAAGUUCAAUCAAAGAAGAGCGCCCCUAUUCUCAGAGAGCCUGCAGUGCCUACCGUCGACACAACCGCAACUGAAGAGACCGUCCCCUCUUCUGAAGGUACCACCGACGACGCUGAAGUGCAUCAAACCACCGCUGUGGUCGAAUCCAAAGAGCAUAUCGCCCAACCGCCACAAGUCGUAGCCCACCCGGCUGCGGUCAUUGUGGAGACCGACGACGCUCUGGAGCAGUUCGAGCGUGAAGUCGAGGAGAAGGCCGUCGUCUUGAGUCAGUCUUUGGUCACUGUCAACGACGACGAGUACGAUGAGGAAGAUGACGAAGAGUUUUACGAAGGCAGCCAAACAGUGACACGAGGAGGUGUUACGGACAACACAACUGGAGGUGCCACGGUCGUGCUAUGCCCAAAGCACUCUUCAAGAACAUUGAGGGAGAUUGAGGAGGCCAAGCUGUUCGUCGAGAGCAACCGCACCACUGAGGACAUCGAGGACGACCAAUGGGAUACAUCCAUGGUGGCUGAGUACGGCGACGAAAUCUUCGAAUACAUGCGCACACUCGAGGAACGUAUGCGCCCGAAUGCGCACUAUAUGGACUACCAGAACGAGUGCCAAUGGUCCAUGCGCUCCGUCCUCAUGGACUGGCUGAUCCAGGUCCAUACUCGCUUCACCCUCUUGCCCGAGACUCUGUUCCUAGCCGUCAACUACAUCGACCGCUUCCUGUCCUGCAAGGUCAUCUCGCUUGGAAAACUCCAGCUCGUCGGAGCCACUGCCAUAUUCCUCGCCGCCAAAUACGAGGAAGUCAACUGCCCCUCAGUCCAAGAGGUUGUUUACAUGGUUGACGGCGGCUACACUCAAGAUGAGAUCCUGAAGGCCGAGCGCUACAUGCUCAGUAUGCUCUCAUUCGAGCUUGGCUGGCCUGGUCCCAUGAGUUUCCUGCGUCGCAUCAGCAAAGCCGAUGAUUACGACCUUGAGACCAGAACCUUAGCGAAGUACUUCCUGGAGAUCACCAUCAUGGACGAACGCUUUGUCGGCUGUACUCCUAGUUUCCUGGCCGCAGGCGCCCACUGCCUCGCUCGUCUAAUGCUGCGUAAGGGUGAAUGGACACAGGCCCACGUCUACUACUCCAACUACACCUACUUGCAGAUCCGUCAACUACUGGCUGUCAUGGUUGAGUGUUGCGAGACCCCCGAUGUUCACCACAGCGCCGUCUUCCACAAGUACCAGGACCGUCGUUUUAAGCGCGCAUCUCUUUUCGUCCAGACCGAAAUGAAGAAGGGCUUCAAGCUUCCCGUUUUCAAGCGUGCUGGCUCUAUCGGCUACAAGGGCUGGUGA